AUGUCGCAACGCCGCCAAUACUCCAGCUGUGACUCCUGCCGUCGCUCUAAGCGACGCUGCUUUUUCUCGGGUCCCAGCGAGGGAGAUAUGUGCACCAAUUGCCGGCGACUGGGCCAUGCAUGUACCUUUGAGUUUGCCAAAUCCCGGCGAGCCAUGAGAGAGCGGCUGAGGCGGAGCCAAUCCCAUUCUCACCUGUCGAUUAACAGGAAUGCCUUGCCGGAAAUCGCAGACGAUGGACUCUCCAUCGGUUCCAAGAGCCAGAUUGAGGCUGGCCCCCUGACGUUCCCAGAUACCCUGGUCCCGUGGGUUACUUUUGACGAGGGCCAUAGUAAUGAGGUAAACUCCCAUGAUAACGUGGGCUUAGAUCUAAUAGAUCUCUUUAUGUCGGAUACUGUCCCUCCAGCCCAGGCGCUAAGCGAGGCCCAAUUGUCACUCUACAACAGGCCGCUCAACAGAGGGCGCUCAAUUACGCCAAUUCUCCCUGGCAGUUCACCGAGUAGCCCCAUUCGGCUGCUCAAUUCCAAAUUAGACGCAACGAUUUUGGAUGACCGGCUAGUGAGGAUCCACAAUGUCAUUAUCACAGGGUGUGCCUCGCGGUUUGCGGAUUACAACUGUAAUCUGUUCGCAACAGCAUCGCGCUACCGAAUUGAAGGUUGGGAUGGAGCAAGCACGCAGGAUCGCUCCCCCCAACCGGAUCUGGGAGUGGCACCGACGGGUGUAGCCUGCACAUUAACAGCAAUAGGCGCCGUUCGGUUUCUUGAUCAUUUUGGUGGGCUCUACGGCAACCAACUGAGCCCAGCCGCACGAAAGCAGUCUGAUGCUGCGCUGAAAGCUGUCCUUCGCACCUUUUCGCUCCAGUGGCUCUCUACGUCCGAAGGUAUGCCGGGCCCUAAUUCUAUACGUGACGCAUCUAGAAAUGCGUUCUACGAUUCUUGGUUUGAGGCGCGAGAAUUCCUCAGAGAUGUACAGUCUGUCCGGUCGUUCAGGAUAGUGUAUGCUAUUUUGCUUUUCGAAGGUAUUGCCACGCCGACCGAAGCUUCGGCCGGGUCACCGCACGAGUUUUUGGACAUCGGUCUCCAAACGCUAAGGUUGCUGGAUGCGCUUGUGAAAAAAUACUGCACUACAUUAGGAGUACACUCCACGUAUGGUAUGCUAUUGGAAACCAGCAUGACCCUGGUGCGUUGGGGGGGAUACAUCCGUGAUAUCGGGGCGUCGCUCACAACAUACCGUCAAUGCACACUGCCGCCGGUUUCGUGUCAUGGUAAAGAGCUCUUCACCAUGGAGUCUGAUUUUGACUGCCUAAAGCCUCAAAAUUUCCCUUCUGACCUGGAUGCCAGAAUCCCAAGCAUAUGCCAAAAAGCAGUUGCUGAAGCCUUUUCUCUCUGGAGACAGAUCGUCGAAGUCAAGAAUUCCUUACAUAGAGGUCUCCAUUCUGCUUGCCUUGAGACUAUCGCCUCGACCGUGGCGGCGGUCAGCAAGUUCAACCAGCUGUUUCGCCCUUUUAUCAACCACUGCAUUGACAACCUGGAGUGCCUUUCUAUUCACUCCAGAGUAUCCUCUGUUUCAAUUGCCUUAUUUUGGGAGUUGAGCGUCCUGAUUCUGGACGAGUCGUUGGAUUCUUGCACGAGGGAGAAUGAUCCUGUUCAUGACCUCCCCAUAAUAAACAUGCAUGCGCACCGAGCGGAAGUGGUUUCUUCUGUUGCCAACACCGUAGAGCGUGUACUCUCAUUACCAACUGAGCAGAUCUUCAACCUUGAAAACGGUCUCGACGCCGAGGUUCCCAUCCUUGCCUACCACAUUACUCCGAGCUUGACGGCAACAGUCUUUCAAAAGACCAUCGAGAGGUUGAUUCACGCGGAGAAUUUGGAAUUGGAAUCUUGUGCAACAAACUCACUCGGCAUGGAUCCUGUCCGGCAACGGCAAAUCGACAUUAUCAUGAAAGGUCUCAGCUCCCUGACUGUGACCGCCGGCGGGUCCGAGGCGGCCGCUGCGGUUUUACAGUCGAUCAUGUCCCGAAAGUAUGGGGAGGUCGUCCGCUUUGGUCCAGACGAAGUCUCCUUCAUCACCUCUCAAGCAUGGAAGGACAUAUACGCCCAUGGCCACGGCGACCGGCAGCUUCCCAAAGUACUUCACUCAACAAGUAAUCCAUCUGACAUCAUCAGCGCCAACAAUGCAGACCACCGCCGCUUCCGCUCGGCCUUGGCGCAUGCCUUCUCCGACAAGGGCCUGCAGGCACAGGAACUGAUCCUCCGCAGCUAUAUGGACAAGCUGAUUCAGCGGUUGGGUGAGAUUGCUGCAUCGCCUAACCCUAAGGCUAACAUGGUGAAAUGGUACAACCUGACCACAUUCGACAUCAUUGGGGACCUAGCCUUUGGAGAACCCUUCAGAGGUCUGGACUUGUCCGAAUACCACUUCUGGGUGACGACAGUCUUCCAGGCCGUCCAGGGCAUGGCCUUUGUCAAGCUGCAUGACGCGUACCCGCUCGUUUUUCGCGUGUUAUCACCCUUCCUGGGCUCGAAGUCUCUUAUGGAGGCCCGCAAAAGACAGAUCGAAUACAGCAGCCUGGUGGUCCAGAAGCGCCUCCAGAGCGCCAUCCAUCGCCCCGGUGACUUUAUUGACAGCAUGUUGCGCCACCGCGGCGACAAGGAGAAGGAACUCACCGAUAAGGAGAUGGAAGCCAAUGCCAAUAUUCUAAUUAUUGCCGGCAGCGAAACGACCGCAACGCUACUCUCCGGGGUCACAUACUGGCUGCUGCGGACGCCCGAUGCCCUCCGCAAGGUUACCCACGAAGUCCGCUCAUCUAUGACUUCCGAAUCAAAUAUCACAUUCCAGUCUACCCUUCACCUUCCCUACAUGCUCGCCUGCCUUAACGAGGCCCUCCGAGUAUACCCCCCUGCACCUGGGGGCCUCGAACGCAUAACGCUUCCCCCUGACCCGGUUGAAAUCUCAGGAUACAUGAUCCCACCUGGAACCAAAGUAUCUGUCCACCAAUCCGCGGCCUACCGUUCCCCUCUCAACUUCCACCGCCCCGAUGAGUUUCUCCCCGAACGCUGGCUCUCACCCGCAAAGAAAGACCCCUCGUCGCCCUUCUACACCGACAACUGGGACGUACUACAGCCGUUCUCUGUUGGCCCGCGCAACUGCAUCGGGCGGAACCUGGCGAACGCGGAGACGCGGAUGAUUCUGGCGCGCAUUCUGUGGAAUUUUGACCUGGAGCUUUGUGCCGAAAGUAGGGGGUGGGAACAACAGCGGUCUUUCCUGUUGUGGGAGAAAAAGCCGUUAAUGUGUAUUCUCAAGAGAAGGGAGGGGAGAGGGGGUUUGUAA